GGUGGGGCUAACGUUAAGCUGCAGGGGUCAAACCCCAAACUGCUGCAUCCAUGUCAUUGUGCCGGCAGGAACACCGACCACGCAGAACACCAACCUAAGGCACGGGAGUGCCUGCGUCGAGCAACGUUGAACGAAGCUCGAGGCCGGACUGAGUUCGGAAAGCUCAAGGGCUUAAAUCCCCCACCCGGGAAUAAGUUCGGCUCUUUGACGAGGAGUGCCCUUCAAUUGCCUGACCGAGACGGUGACGAGAACUCAGGAUGACGAGCAGCUCGAUGCGAUAGCGUCCCGCCUCGAGUCCACCAUGUCAAACCGAUACGGCCAGUCGUAUCGCAACGGCGGUUACGGCAAUUUCAGCCGUCAGGAUGACGAGUACGACCCGUACGGUGAGGGCUACGGCAGCGACCGCUAUGUGCCUCCUGCCCGGCAGACGAAUCCCCGGCCUCCUCCCGCCGUCCGCAAUGCCGCACCCCCGGCCCGGUCUGCCCAGCGGGUCCAGGAAACCAACGCUGAGCGCGAGAUGGCCAAGGUGCUGGAGUUGAUCAAGCAGGAGUGGCCCGCAAUGUGCGACAACGACUGCAUUCCCGUCCAGCUGGCCCUGCAGCUCCUCGACACAAGCUCCGUCGGCCGCGCCCGGGAGUACGGCAACUUCCAGCGGACGCACCAGUAUCUGCAGGACUCGCUCAAGAAGAUCGUCCACGAGUACCACCAGGGCUUCAACAGCUCCAUCGGCACCUUCCACAAGAUCCAGGGUAGCAUCCAGACAUCGCAGAAGAAGGUGCGCGCCCUCAAGGAAUCGCUAGCUGCAUCCAAGGCGGCCCUUUGCGCGACCGACCCAGAGCUCAAGAAGCUUCACGCGACGUCCCGCAUGUACGACGAGGUGUUGCAGACGCUGAAUGAGCUGGACGAUUUGCGGACUGUACCCGACCAGCUCGAAGCUAGGAUAUCCGAGAAGCGCUUCCUCACGGCUGUCGAGGUCCUCCAGAAUGCGCUGCGGAAGCUCACGAAGCCUGAGCUGGAUGACAUUGGCGCGUUGAGCGACUUGCGCAGCUACCUGGCAAACCAAGAGACGGCACUCAUGGACAUCUUGGUUGAGGAGUUGCACGAGCACCUUUACCUAAAGUCGCCCUAUUGCCAGGAGCGGUGGCAGAACCUGGCCAAAUGCCAACGUGCACUCAACGAGGCCUUCAAAGACGCUCCGGCUGUGCCACCCUUUCACGCAAUCCUUGACUCAAUAGAUUGGGAUCGGUCCGUGACAGAAGAUCCGCACAAGAACCCCGAGGCAGACACGUUUUCCUACGUCAUGCUCUUGGUCGAGUCACUGAACAGGCUAGGGAGGCUAGAAUCCGCCGUUGACACGCUGAAGCAGAGGCUGCCAGUUGAGUUGUUUGCGGUGGUCAACGAGACCAUCGAUGACAUCGACCAAAAGCAUCCUAGCUCAUUACGAGGCGGCUCCAGUGGCUCACAUGGGCUCCAUAUCUACGGGCAGCGCGAGACCAGGAUGAGGGCAGACGUCAUCUACGAUCUGCUGUGGACUCUUUAUGGCAAGUUUGAGGCCAUUGCAGAGGGCCACCGCGUGUUCCACGAAUCCAUCAAGGCCCUGAUCCGCCGUGAGGGAGCUGGCAACAACAUCGCGCUGCUAGGCAGUUUCAAGGAGCUCUGGAAUCUGUACCAGAACGAGAUCCGUUCUCUUCUGCACAACUACGUCACAACAGAUGCCGACGUUUACCAGUUCCGCUCGUCGCUCAGGCCGGGGGCGGGUUUGAACGGCAAUAAAGAUGCGUCGCGAGAGCACCUCUUCAAGUUUUCCGAAGUUGACUCCAAGUCAGUCGAGAUGACGACCGAGUAUGAGGCGUUGGACGGCAUCAUCCGUGCUGCUGUCCCCGGCUUGACGUCCAACUCGCGGAAAGGGCCGGAUAGCAAGAAGGUGGGCUUGGUCGUUCCUCGGUCCGAUCCUGCAGCCGCCAGGAAGAGCACAGGUGCCGGCUAUGGGAACAACCAGGGAAGUGGGACGUACAAGUCUCUCGUCGAACCGAGCGUCUUCAACAUGAGUCUGCUGCUGCCGCCCACCCUUGUUUUCCUUCAACGAUUGAAAAACAUCGUCCCGCCCGGUUCGGACCUAGCGACGAGUACCCUCACGUCGUUUCUCGACAACUUCCUCGUCAAUGUCUUUCAGCCACAGCUCGACGAGACGCUUGGAAAGCUCAGCGAUACCGUCUUUGGCGAAGCAGACGCCUUUUUGCAAGACUCGGAGUGGGCUCGCGUUGCCAAGCGACCAGUCUUCAAGGGCGCGACGGCCUUCUUUACUAUUGUAACUGCUUUUUGCAGAAUGCUGGGCACAAUCCCGCAUGACCAAGCACUCAGCUCGCUUAUCAUAACGCAAAUGCUCAGGUACUAUGACAGGUGCUUCAACUGGUACAAGGCACUUGUGACGAAAACUCAGGAAGAGGCAUCAAGCGCCCAGGAACUGCGAGCGUCUGCGGUCAUGGCGCUUGGAGCCAGUGAAAUCCACGAGACGAUGAAAAAGCUGUGGGAAUCGGAAACCACGGAUCUCGAGCUUCUCGAUAAGGAGACCAGCUUGCUCAUGGCACAUGCUAAGCAGAAUGUGCUAGGGGCAAGCGAUAUCAUCCAGGACCGUGAUACCAUCUCAUCGCUCUGCCUGCUGUACACCAGCAUGAAGUGGCUGUCAGUCAAGAUUCUCAGCCUGCGACACAUUACUAAGAACGAGGCAGAUUCUUCCCGGUCCAGCCUCCCCAAGCCAGAGAAGAAGCGCUGGACAUUGCUCAACGACCCGAGCAAAGCCACGACGGAAGAAGGCCCCGUCUACCUCCCCAUGACGCAAGAAACCGUCCAAUCUUUCGACAGCAUCCUGACCUCCUACACCGAACUCGCCACUACCGCCCUCCUAACUCUCCACUCGGAAGUCCGCUGCCGCAUCCUCCACUCCCUGUACACUGCCCUCUCCCCUUCCCAAACGGCCCCUUACCUCCUCGACCAGGAAGUCACCGAGCCCGACCCGCAGAUCCUCUCGCUCAACGCAGAAAUGGUCGCCUUCGACGAGAUCAUCUCGCACUUCCUCCGCGAGCGGGAGGUGUCCUUCGUGCGCACCGGGCUGGGCCUGCUGAUAAAUUCGUACCUCGUGGGCAACGCCCCCAUGACAGCGCCGAUGAACAGCAAGGGGUGCGGGCGCAUGCGGCUGAACGUGCUGGUACUGCAGCAGAAUCUGAAGAACAUCGAGGAGGGCCCGGGAGCCGAGCUGGGAAGGGCGGCGAGGUAUUUCGAGCUGUUUGAUGAAGGCCCUGACGCCGUGGUAAAAAUGGCGCAGGAGGAGGGACAGAAGGCGAGGACGCCGCUACCUGCAUCCGGCGAAGAAAGCGGUGACGGGAAAGGAGGUGAUGAUACGCAGCGGAGAGGGGCUGUCAGGUUUACCUAUGAUGAGCUCAAGGCAUUGUUGGAACUGUGCUACAGUGAGCAGCUCGCCGAUCCUGAGAGGGGCGUGGCGGCUGCUGCUAAGAGGCAGUUGGCCGAUAAGCUGUUGGGGUUGAGCGAGUAUAUGUGGCAGAGCUAGACCACUCCUGUGUUUCUUGCUUGGUGCAGUUGGAAAGGAACUUGCGGUGUUCAAGGGGCGUCAUGGACAUGACGGCUUAGCGGGAGGUACAAGUCCUCGUAUAGCUGUUGAGAUGAACCCACGAGCGAGAUGAGGUGGCCGUAAUACGAACAGAGGCGUAUUUUUCUGUCACUCCGUUGUCCGUGUUCAUUUUUGAUAUGAUCCAUUUUGGGAUGCGCUUAUCUAAGGCAGCUAGCUAUGUUAGUAGGCUGUGAUGUUUUGUCAUGUAUAUAUAGCAGAUUCAAGUCAUGAUAGCGCUGCUGCUGUCUUCAGUCUGGUAACUGGAGCCUGCAUGUUCUGCUUGGGGUAUCAUUCCAUAUCAAUAUACAUAGAGUAGGGCUAGUAGAGAUGAUGAAACA